AUGAGCCUAACGGCAAGCUCGGUGAAAAUAGCGCUGGUGACGGGAGCAAAUCGAGGACUGGGCUUCGAAGUGGCUCUGGGCCUGGCGAAGAAAAACUACAAAGUAUUGAUGGCGGAUAAAGCGGAUCAAAUGGUGUCCAAAGAAGAGAUAAUCUGCCGGUCCGAGAACCCCGACGUGCGGGACUACACCGUGGAUUUGGCCUCUUACAAAUCAGUAAGAGGCUUCGUGGAGGAGCUAUCGAAAGACGUGGAUCGCAUAGACGUGCUGGUGAACAACGCCGCCGUGUUUUGCAUGAAACAGAGAACCACUGUGGAUUAUUUGGACGGGGUGAUGCAAGUGAACCACCUAAGCCCGUUUCUCUUGACGAAUUUGCUAGCUGAAUUCCUGAAGAACUCCAGCCAGGGCAGGAUAAUUUUCGUCACAUCCAGCGGUUCGUUCUUCCAUCGCAUGACCGUCGAGCGGCUGAGCCGGCCGGAUUAUUUCGUGCCGCAUUUCAUAUCGGGCGCGAUUCAUUACUACAACACGAAGCUGUGCAACAUGAUUUCGACGCGGUAUUUCGCCGAGAAAUUGGGGAAGUACCGAGUGACGUGCAACAGCGUGCACCCCAGCAUGAUGAACACCGGGUUCUUGAUAUCGGACCGACCGGUGGGUUUGAUAGCGAAGCUGGAAGCGAGCGUGUCGAAGCGGCUCAUUCCGCGAGUUACUAGAGACCCGGGGCAGUGCGCGGACGGGGUGCUGUUUUUGGCCCAUUCGAAGGAUGUUCGGGACGUAACGGGGAAAUAUUUUUACAACUACCAAGUGCACAGGGAGCCGAAAAUCGUUGAAGAUCGGCGCUUCUGCGAAUCGCUGAAAGCUGUAACAUACCCGCCACAAGGGGUACGUUGCCAAAAGUGCUUGGAAUACGGACAUUGGUCGUACGAAUGUAAAGGUAAACGCAAAUAUCUCCACAGGACGUCCAGAACCAAGUUGUUAAAGAAGAGAUUAAAGACCAUCGAUGGGGCUAAAGAGAACAAAAACGGUGAAUCUCAGGCCGAUGAGAAAAAAGCUGAAACGAGUAGUUCAGACAGCAGUUCUGAUUCCGAGUCGAGCAGCGACGACAGCGAUUCGAGCAGCAGCAGCAGCAGCUCGGUUUCGAGUACUUCCAGUUCAGAAAGCGGAAAUGACUGA